AUGCGGGCAGGGCAGCUGGAGCCCAAGGGGUCGUCACCCCGGGAGCUGGGGUCACCCCAUCUUCCCCGCCCCUCCUGGGCUUCCCGCCCAGGUAACGGCCCCGGCGUCCACCCACGGCUCUGGGACAGAGCGAAGUUCUACCUGCCUCUGAGGAGCCACGGGCACAGCCUCAGGGCUGCUGCGGGCUUGAGCGCCUGCCAGCUGAGCCCCAAGCCCGCGCCCCAUCAGUGCUACAGCCCCACUGUGCCAGGCCCCGACGGUGCGGCCGGCACAGGCCGCGGAGCCAGAGGCAACGCUGGGACCACCAGAUCCACGCGGCUUCUCCUGAUCACCAGCCUGGGUGCUGUGUUUCUGCUACAGGCGAGCUCAGCAUGGACCCCCCAGGUCCUCGUCCAGACCAAAGGCAAAGCCGGGGCUGAGCAGGGCACAGAGGAGGCCUGGGGCGCCCGAGCGGUGGAGCCUCCGGAGAAGGACAGCCAGCUCAUGUGGUUCCUCAUGGCACCAAAGCUCUUGGCCACCACCGGGGAGAAGCGGCAAGGUGCCGAGGCCCUGGCAGAGACCGAGGACACCCUGGGCCGUGUCCCAAGCCCCAGGUGGGGCCCUGAGCCUGACCAUGACAGCCUGCACCACAACUGGCCCGAGGAGGCCCAGGGGGAGGCAAGGCCCUGGGCUUGGGUGCUGCCACCUCAGCAGGUGCUUCAAGGGCCAGAGGAGGACCGAGACCACAUCUACCACCCCAAGGAGGAGCCCUGGGAGCCUUGACCCCCCCCACAGCUGCAAAAAUAAACCCUGCAAAGAGGCGGCGGCCACAUAUGUCUUCAAGAACAGUGAUUGUGGACCCCACCUGCUCUGUCUGGGAGAAGGGGGGCCACAGGCUGGCCCCGGGCAGCCCCAGGCUGACGCUUGGCUCCUUGCACCCAGCGCCC